CUGUGAAGUUGGUUGUGGUUGUCAUUCUCCUUCAGUCGUGUCGUUUUUACGUGCAAUCGUUGGUUGUGCCCGAUGGUGCGCGGAAAAAUUUGGUGAAUAAUCGGAGGAAUUGAAUUAUCUGUCCCCGUUGUUACUCGUUGACUGUUUUGCUUGUUAAAAGUAAAGAGAAGGAGGAAUAACAUCGACGGUAGGGAGUGUGUGUAUGUUUUAUGUGAAAUAAAAGGAAAGUAAAAUAUAAAAUAAAAACAAAUAUUCAACAAAAAAGAGUUUGGAAAAAAUUAUAUAGCAUAAAAUGAUUAAAAUGGAGACUGACAAAAUUAUGGACGAGACUAACUCCAAUUCGCAAGCAUUCACAUCGACAAUGCUGUAUGAUCCCGUCCGUAAGAAAGAAUCAUCGCAAAUAUUUCAAAAUGAACGUGAGACCUGCUUAACCUACUUCUCGCAAUGGAACGAAGCGGAUCAGGUUGAAUUCGUGGAGCAGCUGCUCACGCGCAUGUGCCACUACCAGCAUGGACACAUAAAUGCGUUUCUCAAACCGAUGCUGCAGCGUGACUUUAUCACAUUAUUGCCGAAGAAAGGUCUCGAUCACAUUGCCGAAAACAUACUCACCUAUUUGGAUGCAGAUUCGCUCAAGUCGGCCGAAUUGGUAUGCAAAGAAUGGUUGCGUGUUAUUUCCGAAGGCAUGCUCUGGAAAAAGCUGAUCGAACGCAAAGUGCGCACCGAUUCCUUGUGGCGUGGCUUGGCCGAACGUCGUGGUUGGAUGCAAUAUCUCUUUAAGCCACGGCCUGGCACCACUCAUAGACCACACUCAUUUUAUCGCGAACUCU